UAUUGGCAACUCCCCGCCCUAGCACAUGUACUUGUUGAAUAGUGUGAGUGCAGGCGAGUUGAAUAGGAGUAUUCAAAUUAAUUACGUGAAUCGCACUUAUCGUGGAAAAGCUGCCUCGAAAGCUCGACGCGGGCAGCUUAAACCUGUUAUCAACUCGCUUGCUGAGGAGCGUGAUUACUUGUUUUCGUCCAGUGCCGCUCCAUCGCUCAUUUUCGUUCCAGCAGUGUCGCAUUCAAGUUCUCCGAUCCGCUGUGCUUCACAUUGCAUAUAUAUAUUUGCCCUCAGAACAAACUAUAUACAUAUAUUUCGCGAUUUGGUUGUGUAAACAACUCGCACCGCGUCCCGCGAAUCCAGAAUUCCCCGAACAAAGUAACGAUCGUGUAUAUUAUCUGCCAAAACGAAGGAAAAAAAUCACACGGAGUGGCGCUGUUGAAAAACCCGUGAGUCACCGCGACGUGGCCUAAGAUAAUUUCCCCGUCGAACAGAGACUUCGGGGAAGUACCAAAAAAAACGAUUGGUCAGCAGCGAGGCAGCACGGGUCGUUGAAGAUCAUUAGCGCUUCGCUCUCCGAAUGCUGCGGUCGAGUUUCUACGACGCAAUAGAAAUUCGGUAAAGAAAUUCAAAUAAAGAUGAAUCAAUACUAUGACUUGGACAAGGGGAAGAACGUGCUGUUUAUGAACGAUGCCUCCAGCACCAGUGGAUACAGCAGCGGCAACUCACCGACUUCAACCACCCAAUCCUUGUCGCCCGCCCACUCGCCUGCGACCAUGGCCUUGCAAACGGAUUUCGCCAAUCUCAACUUGCCAGCCGGGAACUCACCACAUCAACCGAUGCAAAGUUCACCAUAUCAGCUGUUAAAUGGCGGUCUGACUCUGGACGCGACUAAUUUGUUAAAUUCCUCUGGUGUUGCUAACGCCAUGAGUUUCGGCAACAUGUACAACAUGGACCAUCAGUACCACAUGUCAACGGCAGCGGCGUCGCAAGUUCAACAAAACUUUGGAUACCAGCCGGCGCAUGGGAUGCUGCCACCUGGCGAUUCAAAACACGUGCCACUACUGAGAAUCGUGGAACAGCCAGUGGAAAAGUUCCGCUUUCGUUACAAGAGUGAAAUGCACGGCACCCAUGGCUCGUUAAACGGCGCCAACUCGAAGAGGACCCCGAAAACAUUUCCGGAAGUCACUUUGUACAACUACGAUGGUCCCGCCGUAAUCCGAUGCAGCUUGUUCCAAACGAACCUGGACAGUCCCCAUUCGCAUCAGUUGGUGGUACGCAAGGACGAUCGGGAUGUGUGCGAUCCACACGACCUUCACGUGUCCAAGGAGCGCGGCUAUGUGGCUCAGUUCAUCAAUAUGGGAAUCAUUCACACGGCCAAGAAAUACAUCUUCGAUGAGUUGUACAAAAAGAAGAAGGAUCGAUUGGUCUUCCAAAUGAACCGACGGGAGUUGUCAACCAAGCAAGUGCAGGAGCUUCAUCAGGAGACCGAGAGGGAGGCCAAGGACAUGAAUCUUAAUCAGGUUCGCCUUUGUUUCGAGGCCUUUAAGAUUGAGGAGAACGGCGCUUGGGUGCAACUUGCUAAUCCGGUGUACAGCAACCCAAUCAACAACCGCAAGUCGGCACAAACCGGAGAGCUGCGCAUCGUUCGGCUGAGCAAACCAACUGGCGGCGUCAUGGGCAACGACGAACUCAUCCUGCUGGUCGAGAAGGUUAGCAAAAAGAACAUAAAGGUGCGCUUCUUCGAGGAGGACGAAGACGGAGAAACGGUGUGGGAAGCGUACGCAAAGUUUCGGGAAUCGGAUGUCCAUCACCAAUAUGCGAUUGUUUGCCAGACGCCUGCGUACAAAGACAAGGAUGUGGACCGAGAGGUUGGAGUGUCCAUUGAGCUGAUACGGCCCUCCGACGACGAACGAUCCUACCCGCCCCUGCCCUUCCGCUACAAGCCCCGAGAUGCGAUCGUUUCGAGGAAGCGGCGUCGCACUUGCUCCUCAGCCACCAGUAGUUCCGGAAAUUCCAGCUCCAACAAUUCACUAGAUUUUCCAAAAACCAUUGGUAUGGCACAGCCACAAGCCCAGCCGAAUGCGAAGGCCAACUAUUCGCAACACGAUAAAACAAUCAGCCAGGAGUUUGGACGGGAUCAUCUGGACGAAUUGUUGAACUCGCCGUGCUACAGCAAACUCAUCUAUCAGCAUUCAGCAGAGCUGGAGAAAAUGUGCCAGUUGGGCGAACUGGUAGAGCUGCAGCAUGCGGGCGAGCUUCAAGCCGACGGACAUGGGCGCUCAAUGGCAGACGUGCCUCCGGCAAGAAACUUGACCACCUACUACCUGAAUGAAAUCUUCAAGAUCUUCGACCAGGAUCGACACGCAAAAUCAGAAUCUUCACGUCGGCGUGUGGAGGAGUUGUUCACAGAUCACGCGCUCAAGAACGAGAACAAUGACACGUUGCUCCACGAGGUGAUUAGCUACAAGAAGGACAACUUGAAGCUGGCCAUUAAGACAAUACAGGUGAUGAACCAUUUCAAGCUGAAUGUGCUGGCCGACAACGCGUUGAAUGCGGAUGGAGACAGUCCUUUGCAUGCGGCCUGCCAACAGGAUCGGGCCCAUUACAUUCGCCCACUUCUUGGACUGGGCUGCAGUCCCAAUCAGCAGAACCACGCAGGGAAUACGCCACUGCACUUGGCCGUCAAAGAAGAGCACCUGAACUGCGUGGACAGCUUCCUGAACGGAGCUCCCAUCAGAGCGGGAGAAAUAGAACUGGACUUGACGCUAAAGAACGACGAUGGACUAACGCCCUUGCACAUGGCCAUCCGGCAAAACAAAUACGAUGUGGCCAAGAAGCUGAUCAGCCACGACAGGAGUUCCAUUAGCGUGGCGAACACAAAGGACGGCAACAACGCCCUGCACAUGGCAGUCUUGGAGCAGAGUAUAGAGCUACUGGUGCUCAUUUUGGAUGCCCAGAACCAGUCCCUCGCCAACAUCCUGCAGGCGAGAAAUGCCGCUGGCUAUACACCCCUACAGUUGGCCAGGUGCAAGGCCAACGAGCGAGUGGUGCAGCUCCUUGAGAAGGUGUAUCCGGAAAAGAGCGAUGUGGCUAUGACCUGGAUUCCACGAAAAGUGAAAGAGGAGAUUGACUCUUCCUCCGACGAGAGCAGCGAUGCUGGGCAGCUAGAGAUUAAGGCGGAGGAGAUGUACAUAAAAACGGAGGAUGAGGACUCCGUAGAAAUGGACCUGAGCAGUCAAGGAAGUCGGGAAACGGAAUCGAGUCCAGAUGCUGAAAGCGGGACAACCCAAAUGGACAAACUUCAAAACCUGCUGAAGAACCAAUCUGUGUAUGAGCAGCUGAGUGCUAUGCUCGCUGAGCCUGUGGGUCAUGGUGCCGAUGGUCAUGUACCCAAAUGGAAACUGAUCGCCCGCCAAUCCCAUUUAGAGAAGUUUGCCUUUCUGUGGGCCAAUGCUGAUGCGUUGUUGGAUUACAUUCUGGACAAUCCUGCUACAGUAGACUCUGGAGCAUUUGUCAGUGCCCUGCAGUUGAUAGAUUCCAGGGCCUAUGCCCUGCUGGAGAGGGAAUUACGUUAAACACUAGUGUCUAGUCUCCUAUACAGGGGAGGUUAUACCUCUACAGAUAAAGUAGUAGCGGUUGAUUUUGUAUUGAACAUUUUUAUCAAUAAAAUACUUUAGUUUUAAAACAAUUAACACUUUAA